GUCACAUACAUGAAAUAUUUCAAUAUUUAUGGCAUAUGGUACUGUUUAUAUUAUUUCACCAUCUGUACACCAAUAUAAGUAGUGAAUGUGCAUGUCUGUGGGUGGGGCUGUGUCGGUGUGGUACUGUGGGCUGGUGAUGCUACAGUGAUUUUUUUUUGUCCCAGUCCGCCACUGACUGACUCUCAACAGCCAUAUAACUCGUCUAUGGCUUCAUUGCAUUAUUGUUUGCAUUGCGUGUAUGGAUGUGUGGUCAUGUCAAGCCCUGCUUCCUCGCAAACAUUAUAAUAACUCUGAGAGCCUGUGAUGACAGUGUUUUAUUAGCACUUUUAUCAGAACAUGUUGUAAAUGUGCAAUGAUGGGAUGGAGUGAGUUGGGGGCGCAACCCAGGGAUCAAUAUCAGGGAUGACCACCCGUCUCUGACCGCGUUAUUGUAAAACUGAAAGUAUUAUAGAGCAAACAUUUGUGCGAUUGCAGAGAAGAGGGACAGAAAGUAAAUGAAGUCAGAAUGUGAGGACAAAGCCUGUCAUUGGGAAGUAAAAGCCAUGACUGUCAAUAAAAUAAAUGCAGUGCAGGUCUUCAUGCUGCUGUGGGGUUUCACUGCAGUCUGCCAAACUGAUGCUGAUGCCUGCAAUGUGAGAUGUAACGAUGUGACUGGAACUGUGGGAAAAGAAGUGAUUUUCACCUGCAGCUUCUCUGAACAGUGCACUGAAGGCUGUGAUAAACUGUAUAAGUUUCAGUAUUCUGAGAAAUAUAAUGACUCCACAAUCUGUAGAGAAGAGUUUCCCGAUGACGCCUGUGAAAAGAAGAAAACCUUCACAUGCAGAUACACUCCAGAUACAGCAAUGAAGGAAACAAUCAGAUUCUUUUUGCAAACUAAUAGUUCAACAAAAACAGCAGAAUUCACUGUGGAGAUAUUAGGGCAUGAAUCACGCAUAGAUGGUUCUCCUAUUGUUACUGGGAGUGCUGGACAUGAGAAUACUCCUGUUUCUGUCAUCUCUGCAGUUGUGGACUGUAUCAUCAUCAUCUUCAUCAUCAUCAUCAUAUUGACCAUCAUUAUCAUCUACAAAAAGCAUCCUGAUGCAUUUCAGAGGAUUCAAAUGAUUCAGAUCACCGGACAGAAUUGUCAUGACAGUAAUACAGAACAAGUGUAAUUUCACUAUGAAAGCAAAGGUUAUUUUGAAUGAGGUUCUCCUAAAGGAUCCGCUUCAUCGAACUGCAGACAACAUAAAUCUCUGUUAUACCUCAAACCACUGUGGUAUGUGGUAAUACCAAUAUGUGGUAUUAAAUCCGGCACAGAUCUGAUGUUUUGCAAUUUGAACGGUUAUGUCAAAAUUCAAUUUAGUUUUUGAUUGCCAUGCACCAUUUUGCACAAACUACAAGCAUCGUCUUCCUCUUUAGCGGCUGCUCAUUAACCCUUCAAUGAGUUCACUACAGCGGUGUGGUCGACCUCUGAAGCAAACAUUCACCACUUGUGUUGCACCACACAGUUUUACACAUGCAGUAGAUUAACAGUUGAUCAAAUAAGCUCGGUUCCUGUUUGUUCAAACUACUUACUGUGAUUAAAA